AUGUACAACGCUAGGCCUAUAAGAAGAUGGGUGAAAAAGAAUGUGAUCACCAAGCUCUCGGAGCUCCUAGUCCAUGAAGAAGCCGGUGAAGGCUCAGUGAUCCACAUUGAUGCUAUGGGUGACAAGGAUCUGAAGUAUGAAGUGGUGAAGAAGACGACGGUGAACCCGCAAGAAGAUAAAGAUGUAAACCAUAGGCGGCGGCUAAAGAGACAAAGUGGUCAUCAAUUUCGUGAUAAGGCAAUAGAUUUGAUUGACGAGGCAUGUGCGUUGGCAAGGACGCAUGUUACAAAAAAGAGAGCGAACACUUCACAGAUUAGCUCUGCCCGCACGGUCGUGAGCAUAUGGACAGGAAUUCCUGUGACUUCACUUGAUCAAGAGGAAAAUAAUAAGUUAAUACACUUAGCUGAUAGACUGCCUGAGCGAGUUAUUGGCCAAGAUGAAGCCAUCAACUCAGUUGCGCAAGCCUUGUUACGUUCCAGAGUCGGCCUUGAUCAAUCUGGCCAACCCAUAGGUUCUUUCCUAUUUUUGGGUUCCACUGGUGUUGGAAAGACAGAGCUUGCAAAAGCCCCUGCCGAGCAACUAUUUGACAGUGAAAAGAUGUUGGUCCGCUUUGAUAUGUCUGAGUAUGUUGAGGCCCAUUCUGUGUCGCGUCUCAUUGGAGCACCCCCAAGUUAUGUCGGGCACGAAAAUGGUGGGCAACUGACUGAGAAAGUGAGGAAACAUCCAUAUAGUGUCAUCCUUUUGGAUGAGGUGGAGAAGGCACAUCCUUCGGUGUUUAAUGUUUUCCUCCAGGUUCUUGAUGAUGGCAUGUUGACCGAUGGCUUAGGCCAGAUAGUAGAUUUCAAGAACACCAUCAUUAUCAUGACCUCAAAUCUGGGAGCCGAGCACCUAUCAACAGGAAUGGCAAACAAAAAGGAAACGAAAGGCCUUCUCAUGAAACAGGUUGAGAAAUAUUUCAAGCCCGAAUUCGUCAACAAAUUAAGUGAGAUUGUGAUAUUCGAGCCCCUUAUGCAAGAGAAGUUGAAGGAGAUUGUGAAAAUUCAGAUAAAAAAAGUCGUUGCUAGUGUCGCUUGCAAGGGUAUCUCUUUAUCCACAAGUGACGUCCCACUAGAUAUCAUUCUAUCGGAAUCAUACAAUCCAAUGUACGGCGCUAGGCCUAUAAGAAGAUGGGUGCAAAAGAAUGUGAUCACCAAGCUCUCGGAGCUCCUAGUCCAUGAAGAAACUGGUGAAGGCUCAGCGAUCCACAUUGAUGCUAUGGGUGACAAGGAUCUGACGUAUGAAGUGGUGAAGAAGACGACGGUGAACCCGCAAGAAGAUAAAGAUAGACCUGGUGCCGGUACAAUGUCGCUGCCGGCCAUCUCACGAUCGACAAUUCGACAUGCAUGGCUGCGCAAGGCAUUAGUCCGCGGCGCGUGCGUGUAA